AUGGGUUGCAAGAAAAGCAAAGUUGCUCCUCCACCUCCCAAAGUUGAAGAGAAAAUCCCGGAGAGGCCGAUUCCCGCUCCUGUUGAAGAAGUCAAGAUGGAAAUCAUUCCCGAACUUGAACCUCCACAAGUUGUUCCAAAACAGGAAAUCCCAACGCAACUGCAACUGGUUGUCGGUCACUUGCUGAGCGCGGAUGUCAUGGGCCAAAUUGUCGUUAAGUGUCAUUUAUCUGGACAACCCGAAUGUAAAUUUGGGAUGAAUGAAAAGCUUGCAAUUCCCAGUGGGGGAUCAACGCAUCACCCACGUGGAAGCCCUGGAUCUCCGUAUCCUGGUGCAGUUGCUUUGGAUGACGUUCGGUUUCAUCAGUGUGUCCGUAUUUCAAGAUUUGAAGCCGAUCGUGCAAUCACUUUUAUCCCACCAGAUGGAACAUUUGAGUUGAUGACGAUCAAGAGAUUGGUUGGUCAAACUGAGGUGACGCUCACUGCAGAUGUCGAGCUUGUUGCAUCCGUUAAGGAAACUGUUUGGGUUCGGCCUCCAAUAGAAUUAGACUUUCAGGUUCCAAUGUUCACUGCAUCGGGAUUAACUGUAAGAUUUCUACGCGUUUAUGUGAGUCAGAAAUUAACGAUGUCUUGA